AUGUCUGAUUCGGACACAUUCGAGGAAGCAGCUAGUAAAGUGACGGACAGAAAAACCAAAGUGACGCUUCAGAACAAAAUGGAGAACGAGUUAAAAGCCCAAAUUGAGGCAUUAAAAUUGCAAAUCGAACAAUUGCAGCUUUCCGGCGGUGGAGAGGGGACAUCGGCACCACGUCCGCCAAAUUCGUAUCGUUUGCCCGAUAUGCGUGAGUUAAGAGAAUAUGUUUCGGAAUUCGAUCCCAAGUCACCGACCUGUAUGUCUGCCGAAGCAUGGGUGAAAGCUAUCGAUGAUACGGGAAAUAGUUAUGAGUGGACGGAUAAAAUAAAACUUCAUUGUGCUCGGUUAAACUUGGGCGGAUGCGCAAAGCUUUGGUUUGAAGGCUGCCAGAACACCGUUACAGAGUGGGAAAAGUUCAAAUCGGAAAUUGUGAAAGGGUUUCCUGCUAAAAAGAACCCCGUUUAUUACCAUAACCUUAUGUCGGCUCGUAGUUGGAAAACUGGAGAGGUGAUUGAAGAAUAUGUUUAUGAGAUGGUUGCCAUGGGGCGCAACGGAGGCUUCACGGAAGAUGUUAUUGUGACAUACAUCAUAAGCGGGCUGAAACAAUUUCUUCAAAAAUCCAGUUUGUCGAUCGGGAAGACGGAUUCGGUGCAGAAACUGUUAGAGCAGCUACAAUGGGUGAAUAACGUUGAGUCGGUAUCUUCUACUAGCCGCAGUGGGACCAACGGUCGUGAAAGACAAAGUACGAGUCUGAAAACAAACAGGAUUGCCAAUGAAGAACCUAUUUGUUACCAGUGCAAAGAACCGGGACAUGUGGCGAGGAAGUGUCCAAAGGUCAAAUGUUUUCGAUGUUCAUUGGAAGGUCACUUGAAACGCGACUGCAAAGCUAAUGUAGGAUUCAAAAGUGAACAGAAGCGAGAGGGAAGAGUUUCCACCGGUGGAACGAAUUUGAUGCGUAUGGUGGACAAAAAGAGCCUGUUUCGAAAAACUGUAGAGUUAGCUGGUAAGCAAUAUGAAGCGCACAUCGAUUCGGGUGCGGAUCGGUCGACCGUCUGGGAAAAAUUUAAGAGCCAGAUGGGCAAAGUAAAAUCGUGUAACUUUUUGCUUCAAGGAUUUGGAAAAAGCGAUAAGGUGAAAGUGAAAGAAGUAGUCACGGCUAGGUUGGUAGUGGAUGGCAUAUCGCUAGAUGUUUCGUUGGCGGUUGUUCCAGACUGGGCCCAAGAUGUGCCAGUGAUCCUGGGCAAAGACAUCAUUGAGCGCGACGCGGUGAUGAUGAUCAAGAAAAGAGGUGAAGUUCGAUUCGAGUGGGAUGAAGAGGUUCGAGGAAACGUAUCGGAUACAUCAUCGGAGGAUGAAGUUCAGGUGGCAAACAUCUACAAAAUUGAUUGGAGUGAUCAAAAGGAAGAGAUUCGGUGUGAGCAAGUGAACAGUGAAGGAUCGGCUGAAAAUACCCGAAAGCUGGUAAAAGUGAUUCAGGAAUAUCGAGAUUGUUUCGCGUUAAAUAUGAGGGAGAUGGGGAAAGCCAAAUCAUCGGAAAUGAAGAUCCAACUCGUCGAUAAGGAUCCAGUGUUUAUUAAACCGCAAAAGAUGGAGUACGCUAAAGAAGCCGCAUUAGCCGAGAUAGUGAAUGACCUGUUGGAGGCCGGCAUCAUCGAAGAGACCGAAUCUCCGUUCAAUAGUCGCGUGGUGUUAGUGCCGAAAAAAAACAAAGAAUAUCGAAUGGCCAUUGAUUACCGUCUACUAAAUUCGAAGACCGUAAAAGACAGAUUUCCCAUGCCGGAUAUAGAAACAUGCCUAAACAAACUCGAAGGGUCGUGUGUGUUUAUCGCGGUAGAUUUAUUCAGCGGAUACUAUCAAAUCCCGUUGGAAAAGAAAAGCCAGAACUUCACUGCUUUUUCGACGACAGAGGGACAUUACCGAUUCCUUCGGAUGCCAUUUGGACUGGCAAAUGGUUGUGCGGUAUUCCAAAGAGCCGUAAACAAAAUGGUGGAAAAGGCACGAAAACGCGGAAUAGUGAUUGUAGCCUAUAUCGACGAUCUGAUUGUAGCAGGACGAGAGGAAGAAGAAGUGCUGUCGAAAUUUAUAAUCCUAUUAGAUGUGGUGCGAGAGGAAGGGUUCACAAUUAACUUGAAAAAGAGCUAUUUCUUUAUGCGGAAGGUGACUUUCCUCGGAUUCGAAAUUUCCGGCGAAGGGAUACAGCCGGGAGCAGCAAAAACGGUUGCGGUUGCAGAAUUCGCUCAGCCAAAAACAGUACAUGAAGUUCGCCAAUUUCUGGGGUUGGCUGGCUUUUUCCGGCGUUUUGUUAAAAAUUUCAGUAUUAUAGCAGCACCGAUGUACAGUCUUCUAAAGAAAGAUGUGGAAUUUAAAUGGGGUGAUCAGCAGCAGUUAGCGUUUAAAAACCUCAAGCAAAUUCUUAUCACGCGUCCGAUACUGGCGUUAUAUGAUCCAAAUGCUGACCUGGAGCUUCAUACGGAUGCAUCGAGUAGCGGUUUGGCAGGAGUUUUAUUAAUCAAUCAAGAAGGUGGCUGGAAACCGCUUGGGUACUUCAGCAGAAAGACGAGUUCAAGUGAAUCGAAGUACCACAGCUACGAUCUCGAAGUCUUGGCGGUGGUGGCCAGCGUAGAGCGGUUCCGGUUAUAUUUGCUCGGACGGUUCUUUGUCAUACGAACUGAUUGUUCGGCUGUUCGGGAUACUUAUGCAAAACGCGAGAUGGAUGGGCGGAUUGCUCGGUACUUCUUAAAGCUGCAAGAAUACGAUUUCCGUUUAGAGUAUAGAAGCGGAUGUCAGAUAAAACAUGCGGAUGCAUUGAGCAGAAAUCCGGUGGAAGAGUCCAGGGAUGAGAAAACAGUGGUGGAAAAUAUGUUAACGAUCGAAAUGAGUAACAAUGACUUUUUGGUCUCACUUCAAAGACAGGACCCGAAGCUCAUUGACAUUAUAAAUAAACUGGGUAGCGACCCAUUAUGCGAUGAAGAUCGGCAGGUGUUAUAUCAUAGAAAACAAUAG